CCAGGAUGUGAGGAUGGCAGAGGAGGUAAGUGAGGUCCUUAAGCCACUAAAAACUCUCACAAUACUGAUAAGCACUGAAGCUACACCUUCAGCACCUAUGAUCCGGCCCCUCAAAGCCACAGUUCUCCACUCUAUGGAACCCAAUGAGGGAGACAGUGCAACUGUGACCCAAGUCAAGGCUGCCUUCAGAGAAAACCUGGAGGACAGGUACUCUUCUUGUCAAGACUUCCUCCACAAAUGCACAGCGCUUGACCCGAAGUUCAAAGCCCUUCUAAUGCCUGUCAUGACAGGAUCUACAACAGCCUCACCACAGAGAUUGUGGCCAUGGAAGAAGAGAGUGAGGAGGCCACAGGGACAACAGCAGCCGGUUCAUCCCCAGAGACAGGACACCCAGAGGCAUCUGAAUCAUCUCCUCCUGUCAAGAAGUCAGCGAUGGCUGAACUGUUUGGUGAGCUCUUCAAGAUGCAGGUGGGGAAACAAGGCUACUUUGCAGCUGGUGAAGGAAGAGGUUGCCGCAUACAAGGCAGCGAGCUGUAUUUCAGUAGACUCUGACCCACUUCUAUGGUGGAAGACCAAUGAGCCCAUAUAUCCCCUAACUGCCAAGUUAGCAAAGCGCUACUUCACCAUACCCGUUAACUCUGUCCCUAGCGAGAGGGUAUUUUCAACCGCUGAGGACAUUGUGACUGCCAGCAGAUCUGCCCUUACUGCAGACAAUGUGGACAAGUUAAUCUUUCUGGCAAAAAACAUGAAGGUUGAAUUAAACUGAACAGGGCUACAUGCUGGAACUGUUAAUGCUGCACUUUGGACAAUAUGGAAGAAUUAAUGUCAUUCUUAAAAAAGGAAAGGAAA